UUGAUUGUAAUCGCUAUCUAUUGAGUCAAUAAUAUUGAAUGACAUAUAAGUUAUGACAACAAACACAAUGUUUGGCCAAAUGUUAAGCACAUGACUGACCACAUGAACAUCAGUGGCGACCAAUUGUUGCCGACGACUGUCAGUAGUGGCGACAGUGGACAACAACAUGGAUCGAUGGUGGAGUCAUCAUCGGUGGUCAAGUCGCCGAUGUGUCGCAUCAACGAGUUGUCCCGAUUUAAUAACAUGAAACACGAGUACCACUUGAUCUCGGAGUCGGGUCCGCCACACGACAAGAUAUUUACCGUUGCACUCAAGUUGGGCGACAGUAUUGGCGAACAAUAUGUGGGAACCGGUAGUUCAAUAAAGAAAGCCCAAAGAAGUGCGGCUAUCGAAGCACUGGACAGAACAUCGCUGAGAGAGCCAACCAAACGGCAAAUGUGUAGUUCAUCGUCCAGUACGACGACUUGGCCACUGACACCAACUGUUGAACUGAAUGUGUUGGGCAUGAAGUUGGGUCUGAACGCCACGUAUCAGGUGUUUGAGCCGACAAGAGUUCAGCCGACGCCCGCCAACGCUUACGCUUUGGGCGUAAAUGUUUACGACUAUCGAGGAAUGCAUUAUCAACGCUAUCACAGUCCACGCGGUCCCUAUUCGGCCACAUUGACCAUUGGCGAGCAUCAGUUUAUUGGUAAGGGCCGUACCGCUCAAGCGGCCCGACACGCGGCUGCUCAAGAGGCGCUAAAUGUUAUUCGUGAACUGGCAGCCAAUCAGGAAUCGGCCAAUAAGUUGCCAACAAAUUCGGCCGAAAACAAUCAAACCAUCGACGAUGACGCUAGUGUUAAGUCACCGAUUAGUGUGGUUCACGAAAUGGCACUCCGGCGCAACCUUUCCGUACGAUUUGAAGUGAUCUCACAGACUGGACCCUCACAUUUGCCAGUAUUUAUUACCCAAUGCACUGUCGGCCAGACUGUGGUCAACGGCCAGGGAAACGGCAAAAAGACAUCCAAGAAUAAUUCGGCACUUCUUAUGAUUGAAGAAUUACGCAAAUUACCCGAUAUAUUACCGCCAAAUGAUAGCAACAGUGAUCGCAACAACACUGAUCGUAACAAUCAUUACAAUAGGAACAACUCGGGUGGUGGACGUUAUUCACGGCGACAUUGUUUGACCGAUAAGCGCCGUAAAAAGUCUAAGAAAAAUGUUAAUAAAAUUAAUGGUAAUAAAUGCGAUCAAAAGCAUGCCAUCAACAACAAUAACAUCUGUGAGUCUAAUGAUCAAAACAAUUGUAGUGAUAGCAGUGGUAAUGAUAAUUCAAAUAAUAAUAAUAAUAAUAAUAAUAGUGUUAAGAAUGGUAGUGUUAAAGAUGAAAAAGAAAGUGAAUCAAUGAUAAACAAUGGCCAGACAGUGACCGAGGAAUCAGUUCAUCCGAUAAAUGGUUUGAUUCAAUGGCUUCAUUUGCGCAAAGAAAAAGAUCCACAAUUUAGACUAUUGUCUGAACGAUGUCUCGAUCGUCGGCGCCAAGAGUUUACCAUUGAGUGUAUCGUCGAGUUAUCUAAAAGCGUUAAUACGGCUACUACUCAGCCGCCGCAAACGGUUUCGGCCAUUGGUUUGGGACCAAACAAAAAAAUAGCCAAAAGAAAUUCGGCAGAAGCUAUGCUACAACUGUUGAACUAUUCGUGUCCAACAACACCACCGAUACCCUGUCAGACAUUUGCCACACAACACCACCAACAACAACAACAAUUGACACAAUUAGGCCAAUCGCCGCCUUCUAUACUGAAACAAGAGCUGUCAAACAAUACACCCGUGAGUUUGUCCAACCAGAAGAAGAUUCGUCAGGUGAAGUUUGUGGAUGACCCGAUCGGUGCGGCCGUAACUCUACCGCAAUCGAAAAUGGGACGACAAUUGGUUCCCGGACUCAUAUUAAUGCCAAUCAAUAGUGAUAUGUCUUUCAAUACAAACAAUAAUAAAGAUUUGACGGCCAACUCAAAGCAAUUACCCGACAUCGGUGUCGACACUAAAUGUAAUUAUGAUUAUAAACUUAAUAAUAAUAAUAAUAAGUCAAAUGAUGGUAAAAAUUUAGUGACUAUUAAUGCCGAUAUGUCGUCAAAAGUGCAAUCGAUUAGGAAAUUGGCAAAGACUAUGAUGGACUCAUUUGAUGAUAAACAAUGUGAUAAUCAAUUGGAUGACCGAAACAAUCAUUAUUAUUAUACUAAACAAUUGCGAAGUUUGUGUCAAACAAUUGGUGAACAUUAUCUACAAUUGCAUUUCAGUGAUUUCCCUAAAAAGCAUUGCAACCCUACCACUCAACUACAGGAAUGCCUAUCAAUUGUUACAAUUACCACUGCAUGCACACCGUCGCCGAUAGUUAGCCACGGAAGUGGUCGCACGCAGGACGAGGCUCGCAAUCAGGCAAGUCAUCAGGCAAUCCAAGCGUUGUCCUGUUUGCAGUUAUUGCCGACAUCUACUACUCAAUACUCGUGAUUUGGUCUAUAAAUUAAUUUAAUAUUUAUUUAGUUUUUGUUUGUUGUUAAAUGUGUGUCAUUUUUUGAUGAUAACAUUACCGAUAAG